ACUAUUCUGUCUAUGUUCUGAUAAUGGCUGAAGAGGUUUCUGAACAGAAGGAAGGCAACCCCGGGUCUGAUCCAAAGUUUCAAAGGUUUUCAGCGACUGUAGAAAGAGCUCUUAAAGGAUUCGAACUGUCACGAGAGUGGCAAGACCUUAUAUCUUGUUUGUCGAGACUUAAUAAGUGCCUUUUGGCAUACGUCCAUUUCCGUGUUCUACCUCACAAGCAUUUAAUAUGUCGUCGUUUAUCCCAGUGUCUCCAUCCCUCUCUCCCUGGAGGAGUUCAUCUUAAAGUACUCGAUGUCUACAAAGUCAUUUUUGAUCGUAUUGGUCACGAUGGUUUGGCACAGGAUCUUUUCCUUUAUUCCUCGGGACUGUUCCCUCUAUUGGAGUACGGCUCGAUGCAAGUGAAACCAAUUUUGCUUGAUAUCUAUGAGCAGUACUACCUGCCACUCGGGCUGGCAUUGCUACCAGGUUUAUCUGGUUUCCUAAUAGCUCUCCUGCCUGGCCUAGAAGAAGGGAGUGAAUGUGCUGAGAAAGUUUCUGCUUUGCUGGAUCUACUUUUUUCUUCGACAAAGCCCCUGGCUUUUGUCCAAGGACUAUGGAGUGUCCUACUAUCAUCAGCUACCCUACGGUUGCCUGCACUCACUUACAUGCUACUACAGCUGAACAAGGAAGGGACUGCUCUAUGCCAAGCCUUAAGACACAUUGAUAGUUCUCAAUGCCUAGCUGUACCAGCUAUUUGUUCAUCAUUACUCGAUCCCAAUACAUUAGUCCUGAGGUCUACGUUAGAUUUGGUCAUUCAACUCUUGCCCCUUCAGUCUCUACCCAUUCCUCGUGAUCUUGUCACUAAAGUCAUGAUCGGUACCUUAAAGUGCCUUCUAAAGCGUGAUCAGUCCAUCAUUCGUCGCGUGUUCAUUUGGUUAUUAGGUAAAGGCACUAAGCAGGCCAAUAGUGAUUGUACUGAUGUUACACACUCGCAGUAUUUCUUGACGCAUGUCAAGCCACUUUUGCUCGUUUCUUUGGAACAGUUAUUAUUGCAGUCCUCUGAAAGCAAUGAAAAGAGUUGCCUAUUGCAACCGUAUCGUUUGCUUAAGAUAAUCUAUGAGCAGUCUGACAUGCUGUCUAUAAUACCGGAGUUACUACCUAACGUUGUCCAGUGUUUAAAGUCCCAACUGACUCAGCAUGGAGGAGUACCCUCUUUAGAGUCACCAGCUGUCAAGAAGAAUGGAAAACGACAUCAACUCAGAGGGGAAUUGUUAUAUUUAGCAAAUCUGUUUUGGACGGGACUUGAUAGUUCUUUGCUCUGGGGUUGGGUUGAAGAAUACCUGUCUAUUUAUAUCAAGCAAGUUGAAGCUAGCCCAGAGCUUCAAAAGAGAGUGGAUUUAGUCAUGUUUCUUUUCAAUGUGUUGCCACUGGUUGACAUGGAUGGUGCCCUUUCUCUCUAUCUUCCUAAUGUUCUUCUUCAUUUGUCAGUCACACUGGGUCAGUCUUUACCACGUUUAAAGCUAGAGAGUGUCCAGCUAAUUGCUUUCUUUAUCAUCCAGUCUUUAUCAUUGCUCCAGCAUUACAUGAAGAAGCUCUGUUCGAUAGAUAUUGGGUCACCAUUGAAGUCUCUUGAUCCUAGUAGCCCGACUAUAGAAAGGAAAGGAAUUGAUGCUAAUGCUUCAAGGAAUCCUUUUGAAGAGACUGGAACACUAACAGGACUGAUAAUGGCCCUACUGAAUCAGACACAGGCCGUCAUUAAAAGUUUUGUAUCUGCUCAUAUCUGUGACAUGGAAGGCGUUUCGUCAGCCGAAAUGGUAACAUUAGCUGCCAAGGAAGGACUUCAAUAUAUUGAUAGCAGCGAUCAUGUAAAGCUCUGCAGUAAUAGUUAUGAAGAUGUUGAGCUAAGAAAGAGCCUCUCUGUUAUAUGCACCGUUCUUGUGGAAUCAAUGUCCUUGCUACAUAGCUUUACACCAACAGACAAAUCACUUGGUUCUUCAUCACGUUAUAAUAAUAAUAAAGAUAGAGCAUCUCUGGACUGGUUAUGUGGUUUAGUAUUAGUCCCUCUUCGUUCUCGUGACACUCACCUCUUCCUCUCUUCGUUGAGGAUUCUACUACAAUUGUGGUCAAUGGUGGCCGAAUGGACUAAGGAAGGUUUAGUGGUAGAAGAGAGUGUUCAUAACAUUGUCAACUUAAUGUCAAGAAAAGAUUUGUUACAAGUUUUUACUCUUAGUUUAUGGUCUUUACUCUCUCCUAAUUCUUAUCAUCACGAAGAGGCAGCUUCUCUCAUUUCCCUGUUGAUUUCUUUAGCUCCUCCUUCCGUUCCUAUUGAAGGAUUCUUACUGGAAACAUUUGGAAGGAACGUCAUCAAGCCUUACCAACAGUUUGACGUAUUUUGGAAGUUUUCUGUCCUUAAAGGAAACGUCCCUGAGCUUCAAUUAAGGAGGUUAGCACUAAGGAUGAUUGAAGGUCUUCAGAGUCAUAAUCCAGCCAUUUAUAGCUGUGUGUCAACAUGGCUCAUCACAACGUGUCAGCAAAGCUUCCUUCACUUAGCCCUGGCCCCACUCUAUGCACUCAUGAAAGAGGCCUGCCCAUCCAAGAUCAAAGUGCAUAAAGAGACAGUAAAACAAGAGGACCAACCCCACACCAGAUAUUGCUAUGCAUCACUUAAAGAAACUGAAGAGAAACCAUUCUCUUCGCCUUACCCUACCUAUUACUUCACUCAAAUUAUUGAUGGGCCACGCUAUAGCUAUGGGCUAAGUUUGUUCCUUUCUGUUGUAUCAAUUUCCCCCGAAUUGAUAACAUCUGAACUCUCCACCUCUCACAAUGCCAUACCAACACCUGAUCUGCCAAGAAGACAGAGUGAGAGUGAGUCUCCCUUUGAGGCUGAUACCUCUCGUGGUAUUAGGAGUCUAUUGGAAGUUAUAUUAGCUGAGUGUAUGCAGGUAUUGUCCAGUGAUUAUCCACAAUGGUUGGACAUUAGUGAUACUGUGCGACAGUGUCUCUGUGAUGUUAAAGUCGCAUGUACUGCAUUAGUUACUGCUUUGCUAGCCUCCAUUGUUAAGCAUCUCGUUCCCCUUAAGAAUGACUCUACACGAACACUCAGUAUUCAGAAUUCCAGUUAUAUCAAAGGUCUCCUUGCUUUAUGCGAGGUUCAGAAGACAACACUUAUCACUUUACUUAAUCUCCUGGGUCCAUUCACUGAGUAUGGGGCCUCUUUACCAGUCAACCCUCAUGCAUCUACUGAUGCUAAUGAUACUAUAUCUCCUCCUCACUUGUCUCUCAUCCUCCAUUUAUUUAAGUGUUUGUAUUAUCAGUUAAUCAUUGACUCAGUCACACCAGACUCAUCAUCUACCUCCAGUGCUUCUGAUGAGCCUGCAAUACUUCAAUAUGUCCCUGGUAACACACUCUCAUCACAGCCCAUGUUUCAUUUGCUCAUCCAGUGUGUACUUGCUCAAAGUACCAAUUCUCAGGUUCAGAUCCCUUUUCUUGUCCUCCUCAUGUCAGCUCUGCCAUAUUACAGGACCUGCUUGGAGCUAGUCUCGUCUAAAGUUUUGAAAUCUUUAUGUCGCAACUUGUGCAGUUUAGUCAAAGACAAGUGCUCUAGUUGCAUGUCCCAGGUCAAUUCUUUUAAUGCUCCUUCACAGUGCACUUGUCACAUUCAGCCCGAGCUCCUUGUCUGCUAUGUUAGGACGUUAUCCUCAUUUGUUCACUAUUGUCUGCUACCCGAAGCCUCUAAGCAGCAAUUGUCUCUUUAUUAUCAGAUAUCUAAUGUAUUUUGGGAUUCUCCACAAUCCUUGACAACAAGUCAAGACCUCAGUUCCAACAGUGUCCCAUUAACUCCAUCGUCGCAGGACAAACGCUCGUUUGGUCUCUCGUGGCUUUUUGGUGGACUCUUUAAGACUGGGAACCACGAGAUUGAUCAGUUAUCAACAGCUUCCUCUUGUGAUUCUUAUAGAGGUGUCAAUACUCCAGCAGGACAGAAGGUAUUGUGGCUAUUGCAGCAUGUGUAUGCUGCAUUGACGAAGCUCUGGAAGGAUACUUGUACUUGUCACAAUGAAAUGCGAAAGGAACUUUCACAGGAUAUUAGUUUAUUAGUAAAGGAGUGUCUCAUUCAUUUAGAGGAAGGGAAUGAUAUACUUUUCUAUUCUUCCAUAGCACAAACCUGGAUGCAAUGGAGUCAAGGAGGGAAAGCCAAAAAGCCAAUCCGUGAUGCUUUUAUUGAUAUGUUCCAUGUCUUUAAGAUAUCUUCAUUGGAAGAUAUGUUGGCUAGUGUCCAGGCUACAUUGAUCAACUUAAAGGGAGACGAUGACAAUAAGAUCAGUGAAGAAAGACAGAAAUAUUUGCUUCAUUUCCUUUAUCGUUUUAUUUCAAGUCCUUUGCAAAGUUCAGAAGAGCUGAUAUCAACCAAUGGCCCUAUAGUUGCCUUCCUAAAGGAUUGUCACAGUGCCGUGACUGUUGGAGUAGAAGUGGGGCACUUCAGUAACACACCGUUACUCUGCAUGCUGACAAGUAUCUUACACGUGUUUGUCUGCCGUAUUCCAGUCCCAGACUUGAAGACUAACAAGAAGCAGCGUAGGGAAUUACAGGAUAUCAUAUAUCGUUUAUGUGACUCGCUCUCUCAAGUGGCUCUCUCGCAAUUGCUUCACAGCAUGAGCACAAAACCCACCGAAGAGGACUCCACUCUUAGUAAUAGUAAUGCACCUCCUACUGAGCAACAAGCAAAGGAAUUGGAGUCGACUGACUUACUGCUAAAACCAGCUGGUCAAGGACGUGACUCAAGCUCUAGUCUUGAAGUCCAAGCUAUGGCCGUGUUGUCUAACGUUUUGUCCCAUUUUGUUGAUUGUGUAUAUGAGAACAGUGAAAAGGACAGGGUUGUUUCUCUUCUCAAAGUUGUUCUUCGGAGCGUGUGGCCAUCUUUGCACAACUACAACUCGUCGUCAUUGUUUGGGUGCUACAUUCAUGCUGUCAAGUUGCUAGCUUCACUGAGCGGAUUCCAAGUGACAAGGAAAUGUUGGAAAGACGAAGUAAUGGAAUGGUUCAUCAAUAACAAGUUCUUUGUAAUGGAAGAGACGAGUGUUAAAGACUGGAAAGUCAUUAUUGAUAACCUGAUGUCUCAGGACAAGCUUAUGUUUCGUUCUCUCCUCAUUCGCAUACCAAGUUCAUCCACCACUACUGCUGGGGUCGUCAAUAUGUUCUCUUCCUUGGAUAUGGAAAGGAAUCAAAGGGCAAAGUUAUUCAAGAGAAUGGCAUUUGUCAUCUUAAGUGGAGAGAAAGGGCAAUACAGUAGCUUUCUUCAGGAAAUGCAAGAGAGGCUUUUAGACAGUGUUCGUUGGUAUUCUGGCCCAAUUCUCAAUGCUGAGGUGCUCGCCACUUUUAGAGUUCUCUUAAUCAAAUUGUCAUUUGGUGAUCUGUUGUCCCUUUGGCCGGCACUAAUAUCCGAAUUAACUACAGCACUCUCAGAGCUUCAUUCUGACGUGUCACUCGAAUUGGCAACUCCUUUGAAAACGUCGCAAGAAAAACUCAACUGGUAUUAUAAUGCUUGCAAGAUACUAGACACAGCAUUAUCAUUACCAGCUGAAAUGUUGCCUCUCUUUCAAAUAGUCUCGUGGGGCUACUUUGGAGAAUCCUCAACAACAGGGCAAGGCGUUGGAGGAAUGAUUGGAAAUAUACUGGACUCUUAUAAAAAGGAAUCAACUGCAUCAAAGACUGGCUCUAUUAAUGCUAGUAUACCACCUUUCCAUCAGGUGAAAUCUGCUAUUGAUUUGAUACCAUUUCUACAAUCACUGGCAGCCAAAGCCACCUCCGCCGGAUCUUGCAUAUUGCCACCAGAGCACUUAGAAAAUUUAAUGCUUUUAGAUUUUGUCGAACACUAAAUUUUAUACUCAAAAUUUUAUCACCAAUGACAAUAAAUUUUAUCAAUGCAGCACACAAGAUUAAUGAUUAAUAAA